UGCUCACAAUUAGCACAGGACGCCACUAAUAACUUAGGUGCAUCUGAACUAUCGCGAAUUGUCGAUUAUGGAGAAGAUUGGAAGCGAUAUUCAGCGCCUUCAAAUUCGACGGCGAAUUAAUUUUUAUUUUUAUAGUCUUGUGCUUGGAACGGUUUUGUCAUUUUCUGCUUUUGUCUCUCUACACACGUUGCAAACGAGUAUUAAUAUUCAAGGAAAAUUAGGAUCUCUUGGUCUCACAGUGGUGUAUUUCGGAUCUGUUGUCUACAGUCUAUUCGUUGCUCCGAUAACGAUGAAAAGAUUUGGUCUUGGCCUCAAUUUAGUGAUCUCGGAUCUCAGUUACUUGAUCUACUGUGCCUCAAAUUAUUACCCAGGAAUUUACGUUUUGUUACCCGCAUCCAUCAUAAGCUCAGUGGCACAAUCCCUCCUACUCCCCGCGACAUCAAUUGCAGCUUUUCAGUUGGCCGAAAGAUUUUAUCAAUGCAGUUCGCAGACAGAAGAGGUUUAUAUUAACCGCUUCCAAAGUCGGUUUGUCGGCCUGUUUAGUUCAGUAUCGAUAGUGGGCAACAUUAUAUCCUUUGCUGCACUAUCCGGAAGCAAAUCCGGCUCGAUAGAGGAUGAAAAUAGCAACAUAACAUUUUCUUCAGUCAAUACAAUAGAGGCGACUACCCCAUCUCUUUCUCCAAAUCGUAGCGGAUAUAACCAUUGCGGAGUACAAGAUUGUCAAGAUCCCGAGAUCAUUGAAAAUAACAUAAACCAAUACGUCCCCCCUGACAAAAUAAGCACCUACAUUCUUGUUUCGGCAGCCUGUGCAGUAAGCCUUGUUUCACUCAUAAUUCACGCGUGCGUCUAUCCGGGGAUCGGGAAAUUCGGACGAAAAUUACACAAUCUUGAUAGAGAAAUAACGCAGUUCUUGAAGCCUAAUGACGAAUCGAAAAGUAUGGAGUUUACACUUGAAGAUAGUUGUAAUAACAUAGUCACAGCCGCGGCGAUGACCACGACAGAAAAAGUCGCCGAAUCACAAAUUUGUUCUUCUAUAAACAAACAACCAUACGCCGGUCAAGACAUCUCCACCCUGAACACCGAUACCGGCGAUCUCAAUGAGAAUGUAGGCGAUGGAUAUUGGGAAACAUUAAAAGCAACUGCAAAGUUUUUCAUCCGACCUCAGUCAAUUCUAAUUGGGUUCACCCCCUUUCGAAAUGGAAUGAUUAUUGGAUUUAUGUUCUCCGACGUAACAAGAGCUUACGCCUCGUGUGUUGGUGGCGUAGAAAUGGUUGGUCUUAUAGCAAUGGCGUUUGGGUCAGUUGGAAUACUCGUAGGUCUGAUUUACGGCCACGUAGUAAAGUAUACAGGAAGGAAUGUAAUUAUGCUGAUAGGAUUUCUGCUUGAAAUGUCGGUUUACAUUGGUUGCUAUGUGUGGGUUCCUGACCCGAAUACAAUGUAUUAUGUGUUUCUAAUGUUCAUUGGACAUGGAACGGUAAACUCUCUGUUGUACAUUUCUGUUAAUGGUGAGUAA